CACAUGUGUGUUGUUUUGAAUUUUUCUCAUCUUGAUGUCGAUACAAGUAGACUGCAAAGCAGUACGCUGAAAGCAGACGGAAAUCAUGAAAGCUCUGUUGAUUCUUGCGAAUGGAGCUGAAGAAAUUGAAACUGUCAUCCCAGUGGAUGUUUUACGAAGAGCAGAGGUUGAUGUCACAGUUGCUGGGCUCACUGGCCUGGCUCCAGUGACAUGUAGUAGAAAUGUUGUGAUAGUGCCCGAUAAAAGCUUAGAAGAUGCAGCUAAGGAGGGGCCAUAUGAUGCUAUCAUUUUACCUGGUGGCGGAGUUGGUGCUAAGAACUUGUGCGAGUCUGCAAGUGUUGGUGCCAUGUUGAAAGAGCAGGAGAAGAAGAACAGAAUUGUUGCCGCCAUUUGCGCAGCUCCCACUGCGCUAAUGAGUCAUGGAAUUGGGAACGGAAAGAAAUUGACCUCACAUCCUGCUGUGUCUAAGGAACUCGCUGCAUCAGGGAUGUAUACAUAUUUGGAAGAACGUGUGGUCCGUGACGGUCAGAUAAUAACCAGCCGUGGGCCUGGUACGGCUUUUGAAUUUGCUUUGUGCAUAGUAGAGGCUUUGAAAGGAAAGGAAGUUGUGGACAAAAUUGUUCCUCCUAUGUUGGUGAAAGUUUAGAACAAAAACAGUUAAUGAUAUUUUUUAUGGCUUCCAAGUAAAACUAUUUGAACUGUGGUGACUAUUAAUUUGGUAAUAAAGUACACCAAUUUUUGUGUUCAAUAACUAAUAAAUCUAAUUUUUUUUUUAAUUAUUUUUAAGAUACCAUGUUUGUGCUGCACUAAUAAACUUCAAAAGUAAAAUGCUUUUUGGUUUAUUUUUAAACCUUUAAUAAAAUUGUUAAGAAAAUUGUUUCCUGUCAAUUUUUUGUUUGUUUUUAUUUAUUUUUUUUAACAAAGGAAGAAAUAUUAUAGUUUUUAACAAGACUUAGCAUAACUCAUAUUGGCUCGAAUAUGUUGAAAGAUUUUUGUAGUAAAAAAGUCAAUAUUAUCACUGAAUUGCUCCAAUCAAUGAAAAUUGAUGACUUAUUUGAUCAUUUUACACACUUCAGUAUUCAGAUUUUAUUAAGGUUUUCCUAUAUUUCAUCACAAACCAUUUUAAUGUCAAUACAUCUACUUUAUUGCCCUUCAGUGAUACUUCUUAUCAUUCGACAACAGUAUAAAUGGUGACCUUACGAUCUUUUUUGACUAAAAACACAUAAAAAGCUUGCAUUAUAUUAGUUAUCGAACACACAUUUCAUCAAUUAACAUUUACAGAGAAAAAAUUAAGAUACAACUUCUUAAUAAUUACGUUAGAAAUUGGGAUCAAUGGUUUGUCAGUGGAGAAAAUGGCGUCGGGUGAAUGCAUUUUGUUUCGCCGAUAGCAACGGAGUAGUAUUACAUGGUAUCAUGACGUAACACUGUAUAGUAGUACUCUAUUGCUGUAAACCAGCAGUACAUGAAGAUGAUAGGAGUUUUAUGGUCUUUUAGUUUAAUUAGUUUUAAGUUGGAAUCAUUUUUGUUACAAUGACACCCAUCUAGAUGGUGGUCCAUUCAAAGGAAAAAUAAAUAAAAAUCUGAUUAGUAAACCACAACAAGAUAACCAUUAAAAAGUAUUUUAAUUAUUCAUUUCCAUAGUUGUUAAAGACCAUAUAUAUAUUUUUUUCAUAAUCUUUGCAAGAGCAUGAAACUAUACACUAAAUGAGACCGGGAAAUGAACAAUGUUUGUACUAUUUUCUGGUGACGAAGGGGGUGAUGAUGGUGACACUGAUAAAUAUGAUGAGGAUGGUGAUAAUGAUGGUAGUGUUGGUAAUAUUUUUGCACAGUAUAUUACAAUAUUGGCAGUGGUGCUCCCAAUUAAAGAGAAAACGUCAUAGGGUCAUGUGUGCUUUUUUUAGAAUCAAUUCAUAAAUUAAAAGGAUUUUGUAAUUGUUAUAAUGCGGAUCCAUAAGUGGUGAUAAUUGAUAAAGAU